GUCGGGGACCUCCCGGGAAGGGGCGGAGCUUCAGCCGUGGCGCCAAAUCGCGAACAUGGCGCCGGAGAGAGUGCGGAGCCGGGUGCUCUCCGCCUUCAAGCUACGCGGCUUAUUGCUGCGGGGUGAAGCUAUUAAAUACCUCACAGAAGCGCUUCAGUCUGUCAAUGAGGUAGAGCUUGAAGAUGCGUUGGACAGGAUCAUCGAUGCGGUUGAAAAGCAGCCCUUAUCAUCAAGCAUGAUCGAGCGAUCUGUAGUGGAAACAGCGGUCCAGGAAUGCAGUAAAUCAGUAGAUGAAACUAUAGAACAUAUUUUCAAUAUCAUAGGAGCAUUUGAUAUUCCACGCUUUGUGUACAAUACAGAAAGAAAAAAGUUUCUCCCUCUGUUAAUGACCAACCACCCUGCACCAAAUUUGUUUGGAACAGCAAGAGAUAAAGCAGAGCUGUUUCGUGAACGAUACAUCAUUUUGCACCAGCGGACCCACAGGCAUGAAUUAUUUACUCCUCCAGUGAUAGGUUCUCAGCCUGAUGAAAGCGGCAGCAAAUUCCAGGGAAAAUUUUUUCUGGAAGAUCCUACUGGAACAGUACAACUAGAUCUUACUAAGGCUCAGUUCCAUAGUGGUCUCUACACAGAGACUUGCUUUGUCUUAGCAGAAGGUUGGUUUGAAGAUCAAGUGUUUCAUGUCAAUGCCUUUGGAUUUCCACCCACUGAGCCCUCUAGUACCACCAGGGCAUACUAUGGGAAUAUUAAUUUUUUUGGAGGACCUUCUAGUACAUCAGUGAAGACUUCUGCAAAACUAAAACAACUAGAAGAUGAGAAUAAAGAUGCCAUGUUUGUGUUCAUAUCUGAUGUAUGGUUGGACCAAGUAGAAGUAUUGGAAAAACUUCACACAAUGUUCUCUGGCUAUUCACCAGCACCUCCAACCUGCUUUAUUCUUUGUGGUAAUUUUUCAUCGGCACCAUAUGGAAAAAAUCAAGUUCAAGCUUUAAAAGAUGCCCUAAAAACUUUGGCAGACAUAAUAUGUGAAUACCCAAAUAUUCACCAAAGUAGUCGUUUUGUGUUUGUACCUGGUCCAGAAGAUCCUGGAUUUGGUUCCAUCUUACCAAGGCCGCCACUUGCUGACAGCAUCACUAAUGAAUUCAGACAGAGAGUACCAUUUUCAGUUUUUACCACUAAUCCUUGCAGGAUUCAGUAUUGUACACAAGAAAUCAUUGUCUUUCGUGAAGACUUAGUGAAUAAAAUGUGCAGGAACUGUGUGCGUUUUCCUAGCAGCAACCUGGAUAUUCCUAAUCACUUUGUAAAGACUCUGUUAUCCCAAGGCCAUCUGACCCCACUACCUCUUUACGUCAGCCCGGUGUACUGGGCGUAUGAUUAUACUCUGAGAGUGUAUCCGGUGCCUGAUCUACUUGUCAUCGCAGACAAAUAUGACCCUUUCACUGUGACCAAUACUGGAUGCCUCUGCAUAAACCCUGGCUCUUUUCCAAGAAGUGGAUUUUCAUUCAAAGUUUUUUACCCUUCCAGCAAGACGGUAGAAGACAGCAAGCUUCAAGGCUUCUGAGAUUCUUAAAGACCAUCUGAAGAAACAGAACUCAUAAAUUUCCUGUUUUAUGUAAUUGUGACAUUAAUUUUAAAUGAAAUGAUAAACACUGGGGCCAGCGCAGUAGUGUAGUGGGUAAAGCCACUGCCUGCGAUGCUGGCCUCCCAUAUGGGCACCAGUUCAAGUCCCCGCUGCUCCACUUCUGAUCAGCUCUCUGCUAUGGCCUGGGAACGCAGUCGAAGAUGGCCCAAGUACUUGGGUCCCUGCACCUGCAUGGGAAGACUGGAAGGAAGCUCCUGGCUUUGGAUCUGUGCAGCUCUGGCUGUUGCAGCCAAUUGGGGAGUGAACCAGUGGAUGGAAGACCUCUCUCUGCCUCUCCUCUCUGUGUAACUCUUUCAAAUAAAUAAAUAAAUCUUAAGUAAAUAAAUGAAAUGGUAAAUUUU